AUGGAUUGUGUUUGUUCAUACUCCAAGAUUUCACUGCCUCAAUUUCGACAAUUUUCUUCAUUCAAUUUACGAAAUUUAGAGAGUAAUACUCUGUUUAAGAGCAAGAAAAAGAAAAAUUCAUUGUCAAUAGUAGCUAGUUGUUGUAGUGAUAAUAAUAAUAAUAAUAAUGGCGAUGAAAACCGCAUGUUUAAUGGAUUAACGGCUCCAUUAGUGCCAACGACAGAAGCAGGGAGAUUGCUGAGCGGGUAUAUGCAGAAUGAGAAAGAGUUGUUUUACGAAUUUGUGGAGAAAGAAUUGGAGAAAUUGGAGUAUAUGAGGAAAGAAGCAUUACUUCGUUGUGUUUUUAGCGUGGACACUGAUGAAGUUAUUCUUCACAGGAGAAUCUGUGAGAUGAAAAAGGUGGAAUGUCAAAAAGUUGUAGAGGAUGUUAUGUACAUGUUCAUAGUCUACAAGUUCUCUGAAAUCGGGGUGCAUAUGGUUCCUAAGCUCUCGAAUUGCAUGUACAAUGGAAGGCUCGAGAUAUCGCCCUGUAAGAACUGGGAACUCGAGUCUAUUCAUAGCGUUGAAGUACUUGAAAUGGUUAAGGAAAUAGGAUGGGAAGACAAAUGGAACGUGAAAGAUAAUUGGGGACUCACUCAAGUCAAAAAGGAUUAUAUCCGUUAUGUGUAUGGUUCUUCAAUGUUGUAUGGAUACUUCUUCAAGUCCGCCUCGUUGAGAUACCAUUUGGAAAAGAGUUUUGAUAGCAACCUCUCAUUUUCAAGUUCGUGCCACUUAAAACAAAAGAGUGUUCCCACAGUGUCGGGGAACAAAUAUGACAAUUUUAGGUCUUAUGUUGCGAAUUUUGAUAAUGAAAUAAUGAAAAUGUGUAGAAAACCAAAAUUCAACGUGACGGUGAGUCUGAUGGAGAAGCAUUGCUCUGCUCUUUUUGGCGAUGAGAAUCAACAUGAGGAAGUUUCAACGUCAUUCGCGAGUCUGAAGAGGUUUGUGUUGGAGGCUGUUGCUUUUGGUUCUUUCCUUUGGGAUGCAGAAUAUCAUUUUAGGAAAUUUUAUCGACUUGAGGAGUAUAGAUCUCAUUUUUAUUGA